AUGCCUCGACGUCGUCAGGACAUGACCAUUACCACUAAUCCUCCAGUUCAACAGACCUUCCUCCUCAGUCCAACUCCCACGACCACAACCUUCCAUGUCAAUCCACCUACCCUCCCUCCAUUUGCUGGGUGCCAAACUUUCCUCCUCAGCGCCACUUCGUCUUCGAGCUCAACAAGUAUUCGUGGCGAUUCUCCUAUCCUGCCUCCAUCUCCCGUAUUACCUCCAUCACCACACCUCGCUCUCUUCCGCAAUCGUCAUCUCUCUACACCCAUAUCAACACUACCAGCCUAUCCGACACCUCGUAGCUUCCACCAUGACGGUAUAAACUCCAACCCUUCACUAUCCGUUCAUUCGUCUAUUAGCACAGACUUAUCUACUGCCGACACAGCUGUGGAAAACAAUUUGGCACCCCAGACGACACAUUUAAGUGACAUACUUCCCAGUGAUAUGGGUCUUUAUGCUGAAGAACAUGAAGAACAUGAAGAACAUGAAGAUGGCGAAGAUGCGACACGGUGGAGUAGAGACCUUACUGAAGAAUUGCUGAAUGUUGCUAUAGAGCCAGAUGUCGCUAUCGAACAAUUUGAGGAGUUGAUACAAGUUGAAGCAAUACCUAUCCGAGAAGAAAACGUGGAUGAUGUGGUAUUGGGCCCAGAGAUUCAGGUCGUAUUGCCGAUCAUCAAGGGACCAGACUUUAACUACUAUCCGCCGCCGUCGCACCCAGCGGCGAGGGAGAGUGGGUACCAUAAGGUGAUUCAAAGACUGAGUCGUAGACUAGUGAAGAAGAACAGGGGUGACGGUAGCGGUAAUGGUUUCAGGAUUCUAUGGAGGAGAAUACAACGGAAGAUUGAGAAGAUAAGGAAGUUAUAG